GAGAGAGCAACCUUCUCAAGCCUCCUCUAUCUAAUGUAUUAUCUGUUUAUAAUGUAUUGUUUAUUUCCUGAAGUGUGUGUCUUCUUUUGUUUGCAGCUUUUUUAGCUCUAUGUACUUGAGGGAGUGGGAGGGGCUGCAGAUCAUGUGACUGGUUCAGUGACAGUUUAGAAUGUGUUUUUAAAAGGAUGACAGUUGAGGCUCGAGUCUGAGUACAGAAGCCGGUGUUAGAAGUUAGAAGUCAGUUGAGGCUCAAGUUCCUUGGAAGUAGACUGUUAUUAUGAAGAGACUGUUAAAUACUAUAAGUUAAAGAUACAAACUGAAAUGUUUUAAAGCUUAAUCUGACAAGAAAUUACCUGUAUAUUUAAAUACAUGAAGUUGUGAGUAAAACAAACAUGUUAUUUCAAAGAAGUCUACUUGAAUUUUUGUUUGCUGAGAGCAUUGAAUAGAAACAAGAUCUUUAUGUACUCAAUGAUCUUCCAUUUUACUCAAUAAACUCAAGGAACACUCCUGAAACUCUGCUACCCAAUAGCUUAUGAUCCUAACAGGUCAUAAUCUAACAAUCCAAAAACAUUAAACCAUGGAUAAUAACAAACCCUACUGAAAGGAAGGCCUUCUGACCCAAGAAUACCAUAGAGUCAUACUGGAGGAACUAGAAAAUGCCUAGCAAGAUCUAUUGGUUGGAUGUGAAUAAAUAAAACAAUGGAGACCAGUUCUACAGAGAUAGAAGUCAUGCUGUGCUUCCCUGUGUGAACAGAAACAAACAAGUGCAACUCCAUUUUACUAUUUUGAAAACUGCACAUAGUUUGGUUUAGCAUUUCUACAAAUGCUGAGAUACUUCGUGGUGAUUGAAGAAAAGUACCUACAAUCAUUUGUUAAUGUCAACUUUAAGCCAACUCAAAGAGCAUUUGAUUGUGUGUUUAUAUAUGUAGAAAACUUUAUGUAUACAAUAAUGAAAAGGCUGUAAAGAACAAAGCCAGGAAAUAUGGUGCUGAAAGGAAGUGAAAGAGUGCUGCCCAGAAUUUGACCUGUCCUAUUUGAUUUUGUUGCUCUUUUAUUAACCAGCUAGGUAUAAAAUGAAACUUUGCAAUACAAUUUGAAUCGUAUUUUAGAAGAAUGUUAAAUAUUGUCUCUCUGUCAAGACACACCGUGGAGGUAAUAACUGUUGUGAGCCCAGUAUUUUUUUAAAAAAAUAAUUAAAAUAGUAAAAGUGAGUUAUUAGAAAAAUGGUUUCCAAUUUCCAAUUAAAAUUUCAUAUUUGUUAAAAAUAAGAAUUAUUUUAAAAUUGGAGAAGCAAUACAUGAGAUCUAACCUAUGCAUUUAGCAAUGUUCUUGGUUCCUUCAAUGGUUCAACUGUCAUCUGAGUAAUUUUAGAUUGAUGCUUCAAUUUUGAUUUCUGGAAAGACGUGGAAGAUUACCCAUAGCUCUGUGCUUUAAACAGUGCAUCCCUCUCCCAUUAAAUUCCUUUUGUCUAGUUGAAAGGUUUCUGCAUAGAUAUUCUGCCUGAGAUAUUGGAGUGCCAGAUUCAAUUACUUUUGGCCUCGAUUUUCUGAUUUUUUCCCAAGCAGCGUAAAUCGUGGCAAGGUGACUGGGUAAGUCAAGCAUUUUGGUGUCACCACACAGGGAGAGGUUGGAUUAGGCCAGGGAUAAAGAAUGUGCAGACUUCCAGGUUCUGGUGAACUGCAGAUCCCAUCAGACCUAGCUAAUAGGAAACAUGUACCAGGAGACGUAAUCCAGCAUCUAGGGGACCACUUUUUCUACCUCAGUAUAGCUGAUCUGUGGUUGAUAUUUUAAAUGGAAGGAAGUGGACUCACACUGCAGGCUUGCUAUUUUGGGAGUGAGGAGGCUAGGCAGCUGAUUUGUGACUACCAUAGUCUGAAAGUUGACAUCAGCAGGUGGUAAUAAAUGGCCACGGAGUGAACCAGGAUUAGGGAAUGCCAUAGGAAUGUAGCCAGAGAAGGGCGAUGGAGUGACAGGAUGGUGUGGCUUCAGCAAAAGGAGGAAGGUGGGGCAGAGAAAGCAGAGGAAAGAAUACAGAAAGAAAACUGGAGAAUGGAGGAGAGACUGAGUGUGGUGAAGGAGAACUGGAGGGACAGAUGUAAGGGCAAGGUCUUGUCAUGGAAAAAAGAUGGUUCACUCUUGAUGGUGAAUCCACUUCUUUCACUGAAUGAAGGAAAGACAGAAGGAAACCUGAAGCAUAGCUUCUUCUGAUAUCACCAAGAAGAUUUGGAAGCAAUCAAGGGUGAUGUUGGAUGGCAGCUUCCAGAAGCUUUUGCCGGCAUGGAUAGUUAUGAGGGAUGCUGAGAAAUGUAGUCCAACAGUGUCCAAAGCAUCCCAGGAUUCCCACUUCUGAUUCAGGUCAAGCAGGUGUUGUUGAAUGUGGAGGAGCAAGAACAAAACAGAGCUGCCCCAAUGAUUUCUGUAUGGACAGCUGUGGAAGAGACCAGCCAUGAAGUCCUUGCCGCUUCCUUCCUCUUCGUGCCGAAUUCCCCAGAGCACCUGUUUUCACUCUUCAUUAUAAAAGCCAUCCUGUUGUUCUUGACCAAAGAAGGGGAAAAGAGAGAACUGUGUUUUAUUUAAAAUUAUUUUCUGGCUCCCUGUGUGUGUAUACACUUGUUCCUGCCAGCAUGGCUGUUGAUGAAGUUGGCAGCUGCCCUGAUUCUGAAAGAUGCAUUGAUGGAGAUGCGGUCGUCCAAUCCAGGAGUCAGUUCCUCACAUAAUGGGAUCCGGGAACGACCACAAUGCCCAUCACUCCGGAGAAUGCGGUGCUGUUCCUUCCCAUCCUGUAUCGAUGGCUGCAAAACCACCUGAGGGGAGAAGGAGAGGAGCCGGAGCAGAGGCUCUGUCAUUCGGCCAUCAAGAAGCUGCGGGAGUACAUCCAGCUGAACUUCCCCGUGGAUGAAGGCAAACUGCAGCAUGGUACGAACCCUGUGGAUGCUGAGAUUUGUACUGUUUACCUCACCAAGGAUCCGGGGAAAGUGGAGUCUCUCGGCCUAAGCUUUGGGAACAUCCCUGCUUUGGGGGACUAUGGAGACAAGCGGAGAACGGGGAGAAAAAAGAAAGGGCAUAAGGGUCCCAUACUUGAUGUUGGGAGUAUUUGGGUCACGGACUUGAAGAAAAACAGCCCAGCGGGAAAAUGUGGAAAAGUUCGCCUGAGAGAUGAGAUCCUUUCACUAAAUGGACAAUUGAUGGUCGGAGUGGAUAUUGGUGGUGCAAGCUACCUUGCUGAUCAGUGCUGGAAUGGCGGCUUCAUCUACCUGAUCAUGUUGCGUCGCAUUAAGCGCAAGGCCCCGCUUCCUCCAGCCAAUGGCAACAACAGCAACAGCAGCAGCAGCAGUGAGCCCAAGGCCAGGCCUACCUCAGAGCCCAGUGGGAAAUCCGCCCAGAAUGGGAAAAGGACUAGAAAGUUUGGCGUCAUCACUAGGACCUCUCCCAGCAGCAAGGAAAGCAAAGGCAGUAAAGGCAGCCCAAAAACAGAGCCUGAAAAUGGACACUGCACCCUCAUGGACACCGACCGCUUGCAUCCGGACAGAUCCAAAAUGGAAAGCAGAGGAGAUGAUCUCCUUCAGAAAAUGGACUCUCCUUUUCUGGCAGGACAAUAUCGCUCUCGCCUUUCAGAUGGAGGGAUUCUAGACCUCAACUCCAGUGAAUUGUCCCUUCAGAGAGAAGGCUGCCGGAUAUGGAAGAUGGCCAUGAUGAAGGGAGCAGAUGGGUUGGGGAUCCAGAUCACCGGAGGCCGAGGUUCAAAACGCUCUCCUCAUGCCAUCAUUAUUGCGCGGGUGGAAGAAGGUGGAUCUGCUCACAGGGAUGGAAGGCUGAAAGUAGGAGAUGAGCUCCUAAUGAUCAAUGGCCAGUCCUUGGUUGGUCUCUCCCAUCAAGAUGCUGUUGCCCUUCUUCGCUCAGCUGAGGGCCUCACCUACCUGGUAGUUGCAAGCAGGGAAGGGGCAGAAGAGGAUUUCCUUAAUUAUCCAUCGACAAGUUUGCCAGACCUAAUAAGCACCUGCUCUGCUCAAGAUGCAACUCCAUGGACUGACAAUAAAGAGAACGAAGAGCCGGAGAAGGAAGAAGAGGAUGCCAAAGGAGAGGUUGUGGUGCCAGAAGUAUUGGAACCUGAUACAGAUGUGCCAGAUACAGAUAAGUCUCCAGAUCCUUCAGGUGAAGAGGGAUCCAAAGAAAAUGGUGAAAGUCCAACUCGAGGUGGUGGUAUUUUGAAGUACAGGAGCCGAUCCCAAGGGGCGGCAACUCGUUUAGAGUCUGUAGGAGAAGAUGAUGAGUUGACAGUAGAAAAUGGAGAUGUGAAUUAUGAAAUAGCAAUGAAAUAUUCCCGUGGAGGGAGAAAACAUUCUCUUCCCCAGCAUCUGGACACAGGAACCAGACAGGAGUAUCCUAUUGUUAAGAAAUCCACACGCUCUCUAAGUGCAGCUCAGGUUGAAUACCCUUGGCGACUCACUCAGCCAUCUAUUAUUUCCAACAUUGUCCUGAUGAAGGGUCAAGGAAAGGGUCUUGGAUUCAGCAUUGUAGGAGGACAGGAUUCUGCUCGGGGGCGCAUGGGAAUUUUUGUGAAGACCAUUUUCCCAAAUGGAGCUGCAGCUGCUGAUGGCAGAUUGAAAGAAGGUGAUGAACUUCUGGAAGUUAAUGGAGAAACCUUACAAGGUCUAACCCACCAGGAAGCCAUUAAAACUUUUAAGCAACUCAAGAAAGGUGUGGUGACUCUCACAGUACGGACCAGACUCCGAAGCCCAAGCCUCACUCCAGCUCGAACGUUGCUGAGCCGGUCAGGCAAACCAAGCUCCAGUUCGAGUGGAGGAGCUUCUUUAUCUGGCAGCGAAGAUGGAGAUGCUUCUUCCGUCAGUCGCAAGGGGCCUGGACCAAAGGAUAGGAUUGUCAUGGAUGUGACCCUCAAUAAAGAACCAGGUGUUGGGCUGGGCAUUGGUGUUUGUUGCCUCACUAUGGAAAACAGCUCUCCAGGUAUAUAUAUUCAUAGCCUGGCCCCUGGAUCUGUGGCAAUGAUAGACGGAAGGUUAAGCCGUGGUGACCAGAUCCUGGAAGCAGAUUCAGUCAGCUUGCGCCAUGCAGCUCUCAGUGAAGCUUAUGCUGUUUUGAGAGAACGUAGUCCAGGUCCGGUUCAUCUCAUCAUUAGCCGCCAUCCCAACCCAAAGGUUUCAGAACAGGAAAUGGAUGAAGCCAUAGCACAAACUACUCAGCGAGAACACAAGGAUGCUGCUUCAUCUCACAGCACAGGAAAUCUGCCAAAAAGUCCAUCUCCUUGCGUGAAGUCAAAACAGACAGAAGGUUCCUUGCCCUUGAGCUGGACUAUGAAGCGCUUCUUGGAACCAGGGUCUGCCAAUUCUGAAGCGGAGCAUUCUCAGUACUCCUUACAGGAUGGUGCAAGUCAUUUGCCACUUUCUGAAACAACUGCAGCAGGCUCUAGUGAUGAGGAGCCACUUCAUCCUAAGGGUGGGAGCAGUUUCCUAGACGGGAGUAUUCUUUCUUCUGGCAUUCCAACUACCAAAGAGUCAAGCCUCUGUGAUUCACCAGCUAGUGGAAGCAAUUCACCUGGCCCUUUCAACAAGCCAAAGGAGACUAUUACUCGGCAUGUUACUUUCAGUGACAGCCCCAAAGGUGCACGUAUUGUUCAGAGGCAGAGAAGGAUUGCUUUCUAUGAUGGUGAUGUGAGUGAUGAGGAUGAUUUUACCAAACAAGAUGGCAUCCGGCUCCAAAAGGGAUUGAGGUCCAAAGGUCAGAAGAAAGCAGAGGGAAGCUGUGAUGUUAUCAUUACAACUACACCAGCAGAAGAUACUGAUGAGAACCUGGAGAAAGACUUUGCAACACAUGGCUUCAAUGACUCCGCUCACAGUAGCUUUAAGGAUUUGACACAAGGUGCUAUGGAGCAUAUAGUGGACUCCCCUUUCCUUCCAGUCAAAUCAUUUGACCAUUCAAAUGUACCAGAAGUUCAUCCAAGUCAUCUGAGCUUGAAGGAUUUUCGAGAGGCACAAGGGGAAUCCAAGCGAUCCCCUAAACUGGAGCACAAAGCAGUCACUCGAGUUAAAAGCUUGAUGAGCAUUGAAUAUCAUGGUAUCUCAAGGCAGAAAAAUGAGGAUCACGGUGCUUGCAGCAGACCCAGUGGAAGGGUGCUCCCCCAUAUCCGGAAGAGUGAGCCACAGGAGAAUCCUUUUGGGCAGAGUGACAUUGAAACUGUCACCUUAAUUCGAAAUGAGAAUGAAUCAUUUGGCCUGGAUCUGGAAAUUUGUGCUACUCCCUUACGUGUUGUAAUAACAAACUUGCGACCAGGUGGAGUAGCUGAGAGGACAUCUGGAGGAAAGCUAGUUCCAGGAGAUGAGAUUGUUGCGAUCAACAGUUUCCCAAUCCAUGGGUUCUCCUAUGAAGAAGUCUGUGUGUUUGUACGGUGCCUUUCUACAUCUCUCACACUGGAUAUACAGAAAGGUGAUCCUGCCAUGAACAGACUUUCAAAUACUGUUGAGUCUUCAGAGACAGAUGGAACUGUUCAGAACGAUCCAAGUAAUGUUCUCAUCUUCGAAGAAGAAAACAGCUUUACAAAUCAGGAAGAACCUUUGUGUGGAGAUAACCUUAAAAAUGCAGCAGAAAGGACAGUACUGCCAUCUGAUGCCAAGAUGAAGGAGAUGCUAGCACAUUCUUUGGAAACCAGCUGUGUUCAAGGUAGCAGCUGUGCGCAAGACAGCUCAAGAGAUAUUGAUGGAUUCCUUGAAGAGAUGAAUUCCUCAAAAGAAAAAGAAGCUACAUGUCUGUUAGCCAGUGACAAGUGUGCCAUGGAAGAUAUUUUUAUUAUGGCAGAAGAUGCUGGUUCUAAUUCUGUAUCAAAUAUAGUUAAGAAAGAGCUUCCAGGAAGAACUCUGAAUUAUGCAUCAAACACACAAGAACUCUUGGGCUUUUCUGCCUUGGAUUCCAUUGAUGCAAGCAAGAUUUUCACUUUGAACCAAACCCGUCUGAGUAACUAUUCCAGGAAUUUUAGUAACUUAAAAGAUGACACUUUGACUGGUGUUGAAGACAAAAGCAGUACAGUUCCAAAAUCUAUGUAUGCUGCUGCAGAUGACUCCAGCUCAGACACAGAAUCAGUAGUGGAAACUGCUGGACUCUCAGGCAAUUCAUCACUCUUGCUGUCUGCUUGUGACAAUUCCUCAAAGACAUACAAGACACUUGAGUCAGAUGAAGAACAAAUUGAAAUUUGCUGCUCGAAUCUUGAACAGCAACACUUUCCCCAGAAGGAAUUGGUCACACCUCCUUCAGAAACAUCUAGUCCACCAGAAUGCCAUUCUUCAGACACUGUUUUGCAAGAAGAAGGCAAUGUAGAAAUUGGCUCACUGGCAAUUUCUGAUGUUAAACUCUCAUUAGAAGAACAACCCUUUCAUUCUCCUUCUCAAGUUUCUCCACCAAGAGCAGAUCUGUUAGAACAUAAUAAUGGAGAGUGCUCUUUCUACAAGAGCAGUUCCUUGAGGAGUGGAGAUAGGGUAAGCUUAGAAAGCAGGGAGCAACUUACAGAGACGUGUGAGACUUCCAAACUUGAUGCUGAAGAAAUGCCUUUGCACUCUACAAAAAACAUCAAUGGUUGGGAGAGAAGAAAUGAGCAUGAUAAAAAAGAACAAUUACCGAUAGAAAAUGAUUUAGGGAUAAACUGUGGCAGUCACAUGGUUGCUUAUUCUUCUGCAACAAAAAAAGGAAUCACAGACUCAGUUCACUUGACCAAGCAAGAUAGCCACUCUGUAGACUGUACAUCACAGAGAAUAGUAAACAACUCCAGAUCCCCACUCAUGACAAAAUCGAAAGAUUUUAGUAAGGCCAUCACUGCUAAUGAUCUACCAGGAAAGAAUGAAAAAAAUGCUACUCCUGUCUCAAAAAGUUCAAAUGCAAAAAUUCAGACUUCUGGUCAAUGUAAAGGCAAUACCAUUCCACACAACCCAUCAUCUUUCAAAAAAAUGCAUCAGGAAACUAGAGGGAUUCCCCAAAAGAGUAUUGUAGAAACACUUUCAAAUAAUCAACGGAACAAGCCAGGGCCAAAGUUAAAGGGACUUACUAUUAAAAGUAAGUCAAAGACUCAUUCUGAUUCUCUUAGUGCUGCUCCUGCAAAAGGUGGUGUAACUGAUCAGAAAAAGACAUCCAUUCCAGUACAGUCUUCGCCGAGGCUUCUUCCAAAGAAAGUCACAUCCCUUCAUAACCUAGCCACACAUUUGGAACCACUUAGCAGGAGCCUUUCUAUGGGGUGUAAGAUUCUUCAACAAGAGGAAGAAAAUAAAUUAGUUUUAGCACUGCCUCAGGAAUCCUCUUCAGCUAUGUUGAAUGGUGGUGGAAACACUGUGCAAAACAACAAAGAUAAAUCCAUUAACAACUUAGUGCUCGGUGAUGCUGAAAUGGCUGAGUACCCCACAGAGCAAAAAGAAAAGCAGGUGCCAAUUCAAUUAGCUAUGAAUAGCAAAGAGAGAAAUAAGACUGAUGCUGCCAAUUACCAAAGUCGGGAAGGUUCUUCCCAGAUAAAAGCACAUUCCCAAAUGGCAACCAGGGGUCAUUGUCUCAGUGGCAAAACUGAGAACCAAGGAAUGGAUAUGAGUUGCUUGAAUUCUGAUGGAUGUACAAAUAAUCCACCAGGCUCUGACAAUACUGGGCCUUUUAAAAAGGAGUCACUCGGUGUUCUUUCUCCUGCUCAGAAAGAACAAUCAGGUCAGGAAAUUCAGCGCACAUUCAUUGAGGUUAGACUAUCUUCUUCCUCCUCCUCAUUAACUCCAGAGGGGUCUCUGGAGAAAGGAGAAAGUAACAAGAAAGUGAUCAACCAGUUGGAAAGUGAAGUACAAAACUGUAGCCAGAAUACUUUUGAGGCAGCACAUUUUCACAAUGCAUUAAAACCUGUGACACGGACCUAUUCUAUGCCUACCCAUUUAUCAAACCAUUUGCGAGAGGAGAGCAGUGCUAUAGAUGCACCAAUGCAUCAUGUCCAGAAUAUCCUGAAUAGUGUUUCUUGUGAACAGCAUCCUAAUUCAGAGCUGGGCAUGCUAAAAAUUGUUCAUCUGAAUCUGAUGAAUGACCAGAACAUUCAAGAUGAAAAAGAGGUCUCAAAUAGCAUUCCCAAAUCGAACAGUCAAGAAUUAUCGUUGCCCAAUGACAACAGUAGUCGCAUUGUGGACAAAUUAAAAACUUGCAGGAGGAAUUAUUACUAUUAUGAACUCAACUGGCCACAUGAUCCCCUCUCAUCUUUUUCAGUAAAGCAGAGAAUUAAAUCUUUUGAGAACCUUGCCAAUUUUGAUAGGCCAAUGGUCAAAGCCAUAGACAUACAUUCUACCUCUUUCAGCUCCAAGCUCCCUGUCGGUAGGCGACUGUCUGGUGGUGUUUCAGCAGUUUCAGCUGCCAGUGUAAAUGAUGCCGUCCAGACUCUGCGACGAAGCUUGAGUUCCUACUGUGAAAAUGAAGCCCCAGGAUCCCCACAAAUGACAAAAUCAUCAACUACUGCAGCAUUGAUGCAUCUGCAGCAGACAUCCCCUGAGAGCAGCAAAGAUGACAUUCAGUUGGAGAAGAAUGCUAGGCAUGAUACUUUGGGGAGUCCAGAAAAUUUGCCUCUGUCCAGCACCAACAUCCGAAGAAGCAGAGCCUCCGGCGGACACAUCAGACAUACACCGUUAUCCCGUUCUAAACUCCGGGAGUUGAGGGCCUUAAGCAUGCCAGAUCUUGACAAGCUGUGCUGUGAGGACUUCACCACAGAUUCCCAAACUUCCCAAUUUAAAACAGAACUGGAAGUUCCACCUGCUGCAAGAUCCCUUGGUCUUCCCAUAGAAAGUGUUCCUAGUCUGAAAGACUACUCAGAGCUCUCAGGUCUUGUAAUGGCAAGCAGGCACCAUUCAAAAGAAAGCAGUCCCAGGAACAGUGGUUCAGGCACUCCUGGGUCAACGUCGGAUGAGGAUGUACGGCAACAUGAUGUCAGCCGGAAUAAGAUGUGCUCAGGGAAAAGCUGGUCAAUCAGCUUAGAUCAACUCUUGGUCUCCACUUUGGAUCAGCAGAAAUUGCAGUCAGUCUUGUCUUUGGUGACAACAAAAUGUGAUGUUUCUUCUUUACUUCAGGAGGCCAGAACACAAGCCAAGAACAAAGAAGAUGUUUACUUUGUAGUCUUGAAUAAAGAGGAAGGAUCAGGCCUAGGAUUUAGUGUUGCAGGAGGAGUGGACCUGGAACAAAAAUCCAUCAUUGUCCAUCGGGUGUUCUCAAAAGGAGUGGCAUCCCAGGAAGGAAUCAUCCACCGAGGAGACCUGAUUCUUUCCAUCAAUGGCAUCUGUCUUACCGGUUCCGUUCACGGAGAUGUACUCAAUGCUCUCCACCAGGCAAGGCUCCACAAAUAUGCUAUUGUUGUCAUCAGGAAGGAAAGAGAUGGGAAAAAGUCUUCUUCUGGGUCUGAAAAGUCUACUCCUACAGGACCAACAUCGGGAGCCGCAACAAUGGGAGGAGGAACAGGUCUAGGUGGAGAACUGAGUGAUGCUAUUUAUGUAGAACUGUUGAAGACUUCUGCUGGCUUGGGCUUCAGUCUAGAUGGAGGAAAAGCUUCAAUCUCUGGAGACAGGCCUUUGCUCAUCAAAAGAAUAUUUAAAGGUGGUGCUGCAGAACAAGACGGAAAAUUAGAAGUCGGUGAUGAAAUACUUGCCAUUGGUGGAAAAUCCUUGCUUGGUCUUAUGCAUUAUGAUGCCUGGAAUAUCAUCAAAUCAGUCCCAGAGGGACCAGUUCAACUGCUUAUCAGAAAGCAUCAGCCCUCCGCAUGAUGUGAGCAAUACUGCCCUGUAAAACUAAAUUUAACUGUUCGAGUACACCUUUGAAAUGUGUGUCCACUGGAACUUUUGUAAAUAUUGCAGGAGCUGGACCUGACUGAAUGGUAUUGUACUCCAUCAGACAGUCCUUCCUUAAAUCAGCCAAGGAAUGUCAAGAUUCAUAAGCCAGGAACAUCUCCAAAUUGGUGCACUUAGUUUUAUAAAUGACCACUAUUCUGCUGCUUCCAGGAUUUCAAAGUCAAGUGCCGCACACUUUUCAUACAGACUGCUGUGUAACCAUAUCCUCUCUUUGCCAUACUGGAGACCUCCUAGUCAAUGAUCUGUGUGGAGCUGCAACCAUAGAAGGGUUUCGUUUUUAGGACUUUUCUGAUUUCAAUAAAAAGGCUCUUCAAUCAAGGUUAUGAAAUCAACACACUUUGGCAAAGACUGGCAGUGUGUAUUUGCCACAUCACUUGACUGCCCCAGCCAGAUUUUUGUAGUUGGGACUAUGUGUUUAAAAAACUAAGCCAAUGAUAUGUUUACAAGACAUGUCUGAGUUCUGGCCCCUUGUUUUAUAAAUCAAUUAUUUGCCAUUGGUACACUUUGCUCUCACCAUUUAGAUGCACAGGAAAUGAUAUUUUACAUAAACUAAAUGGGAAAGUUCUGUAGGGUAUUUUAAAAGAUUGUGGUUGAGAUUCUUUGUCAGGAAACAUAGCUUCAUUGAUGGAGCUCCAUCAUCAUGGCUAAUAUGCCUCUCAAUACUAUCCCAAAUCCUACUGCUUUGGCCAAGCAAUCACGAGACAGAAUUUCCAAGGUUCUAGGAAAUGAGGUCCUGUCUGUCUCAAUGUAUUUCACAACUGGAAGCGGACUGGACUCAUUCUUUCCCAGCACCCUGCUCUCCAGCAAGAGCUUCUGUUGGGAGGAUGCCCAUCUGCAGAGAUAGGUUUUAGGACCCCUUUGGGUUGUUAAUGACUGUGAAAAUGAAUACCAAAAGUUAUAAGGUUACAGGUCCAGUUAAGAGCCUUAUACAUUCUGAACAGGGUGCCAGCCUAUAGCUGGUUUCUUUCUGAUGCAAUAAAAGGAUUCAGAUACUGGUUUUGAAUUCACCCAGGCACUAUCUGAAAAGUGUGUUUGGAAUACCUUAUGAGGGACAUACUAUAGCUCAAAGAAAGGGUGCAUAUAUUGUGUGGGCGAGUUCCCAGUUUAAAAUCCUUCCUUCUACAGGGGAAACAAAUCUCAAAUAUCAGAGGUUCCAGAACUGGUGAAGUCCUGUGAUUAAGGCCCAAGUGAGCUGCUGCUAGUCAGAGUAAUACUGAGCUAGUUGGACCAAGAAGGGAGCUCCAUGGGGGAGUCGCUGGUCAUGAAGGCACCUCAGGUUCAUCCUUGUUGAACUAUUUUUUUGUUUCAAAAACACACAUGGUACGAGUUUUAAAGUGGAACAGUGUUCAGCACUGAUAAAUUGGGGUGGAUUUUUAAAAAUUCAGAAUGAAUAUUUGAGUGUCUCUCCUUACUUUUUUUUUUUACAUUUUGCAAACUAGUUGAAGAAACUUGCCUUCAGUGUGUAGCAAUCAUAUGGAAUCGUAGAACUGAGGAAUAUUUGACACAAUCUCACUUUCUUCCAAGUAAAACUUUCCAAUAUUUCCACAGAUUGGUCAGAACCACAAGUAUUUUGAGAAAUACAAAUGUUCCUGUUCAUUUAUUAAACUUUUGAUAGUAAGCCACUAAAAUGGAAUAUCACCCUCCUUUCCAAUUGAAAAAAAAAACACAGAGAGAAGGGGAAAAUAUUGAUCCGGUAGUGCUCUCCAAAAGUAUAUAGAUGGGAUAUAGCUCUUUAGACAUGUCUCAAGGUGCUCAGUGAACAAAUGAUUUAUUAAUAAAAGCCAAAUGCAUUUUGCAUGCUGUCAGAUGUUUUCUUCAGACAAAAUCAUAAAAAGAGACAACACAUAAAUAUUUAACAAAGUACAGUAAUGCAUAAUAACAGUGUGUGGUUUUGUGUACACUUCCAGUGGCUUGUUUAUAUCUGUUUGAAACCCAGUCAUUGCUGAAACUGUCACAUCUCUUAGACUGUAUACAGAAUGAAAUACGUUGGGCUUUUUAUUAAUAUACAAUUCAUCCUUUGAGCACCUUGAGACCUAUCUGCUGAUUAUGAUUCAAAUAGCCUCAUGUCAGAUAAACUAUGAAUUAGAUUAUCUGGCUUUCAGCCCUGGAGGUCUCACCAUUUUUUUAAUGUCAAGGGAAGUUUUUUUUCUUUACCCAAUUGAUGCAAGAACUAAAAUUUGUAAAUAUUUCCAUGUGUAAAUGAACCAGGUUUCAUUUUGCAGAAUUGCACUGACAAAUGCUUCAUGGUGUAGGGAGAGUAGCCAAGGAGAUGUGAAAAAUCGGUUUAAGCAAUCAGGAGAUAACAAGAGAUAACCAGGGAGCCUGUAUUGGUGGAUGUUCUGCACUUUUCAUUUCUGAGUGAUCAUAUUUUCAGCUGAUUAUGUCCUAAAAUGUUGGUUUUAGUGGUACUGUGUAGAUUUGUAAAAGCAGUUAGUGGCAUUGCUGAUAUACUCUGGGGCAAGCUUGGAGGCAUUGUGUACCCAUGGCUGCGUUGUGACAAUGCUCCUCUGGGGCCCAUUGAAUUGGCUGUGACUUUUAAGGUAGAUGGAUAUGUGUAAUAUAUCCCAUCUCAGGCUUCCAGUUGUUACCAAGGAAUAGCUUUUUGUGAUGAGAAUUAGAUUGUGGAAGGUAUGUGCAUAGUUCCCAGUUGUUUUGUUUUUAGAGGUUGUCGUAUAUAGAGUACACUCCCAGAGCCUCAUAUGCACUAAUCUUGAAUGUUUCGUGUAUAGUCAAAGCACAUGUUUGACUGGCCAUUUUGAGGUGUUAAAUCAUUUUAGGCACAAGAAACUUCAAAAUAUGAGAAGUUAGAAUAGUUUUUUAAAAAGAAAAAUAAAUAGUAGUGAUAAUUUUUAAAAAAUACACAAGGGUCAGCACAAAGCAAGAUAAUCACUUUGAAUAAAUGAAAGAAGGAAAUUAAUGGGGGGAGGGAGAGAAAAGUUUUGUCCUGAGUGGCAGCGUAUAUAUCCAGAAAUUAAGAAUAAAGUGAAAUAGUUUCUUCCUUUUGCCUUAAAUUGUUGUGUCAGGGAUAGGCCCAAAAUUCCCAAGCCACCAGCUCUGAAUUGUUCUUUGAAAAAUCUGAAUGACUUAUCUAUGAAGGAAUUGGUCAUGAGCCUUUUGAGCCUUAUAUACCAUGUAACGUUUUCAUUAAUGUGUAUUCAUUGGAAUUCAUAUUUUAUUAGAAGAACUUAAGGUAGACAAUCCCAAUCAAGCCUUAUGUUUCCUUCUCUGACAUUUUAAGACUGAAAUAUACUUAUAGUUGUGUUUAUUACCAUUCAUUCUAAAGCAUCAUUUCCAUACCCUUUAUAAAGGAAAUAAUGGGGGAAAGAAUCAUCUUGGCUAUAGAAGAGUUUUGUGCAAACUGUAUCAGCAAUCCCCUAUCUUCCAAAUUACACGUCUUUGUGGGGUUUGUAGUCCGACACAUCUGAAGAGUACUGGGGUGGAAAGACUGCUGUCAAUCAUUUAUACCAUUUUCUGAACAUUACUAGGCCCUGAAAAAAGUAAUGCUUUUUUGAUCUCAAUUUUUCCCUCUCAAGCUCUGUAAACGAGCCAUUAAUUCAGUAAAAAUAAUGCCUCAAAUCCAUUCAGAUCUUUACAUUCUCUUGCUGUGCCCUGUGAACUCAGUGAAACCAUUGGGUACCAUGUCAACCCAUAUAAAACAUAUAUCAAAUACAUUUGCCAUUUUUAUUGCAAGUGUGGCAACUAUGUUGGAGACCAGUCUUAACUCCCACAGAAGUCAAAAAUAGGCCCUAAAAUGCAACCUCCUAGGCUGUACUUUCUGAUAUGGCAGCAGUUGUUUUUUUCUUUGCACUUUGGAGUGGACUUUAGCUGGUCAAUGUUUUAGAACAAGACAAAGAAACAGAACCAUGGAAACUUUAUAUGUAUCUAGUACUAACAUUUUACAAUUUUGAAAUUAAACUGCAGCAAUGGUGCAGUUUUUUGGGCCAAUUCCCUCCAUCUCCAGUCACAAAGAGUUAUUAAAAUACGGACACCAAAAACCAUCCAAAUGGUGUCAUCUGUUGUAAAGAUGCAUUUAAAAACAGAAAGGUGUUUUGUGUCAUCAUCACAAACGUAGUGUAUAUCUGGAAAACAAAGCAUUGUGCCAGACUUUUAUAAAAACAUUUCCUUGGGUGUAUGAGUCAUUAUGAGGGAAUUAUUCAGAAGAUAUUUUAACUGUUUACAGGCCACGAGCCUUCAGCAAAAAAAGAAAACUAUGUAGUAAAAUGCUGACUGUGAUGUGAAAGUCAUGAUGAAUUUAACUUCUAUACUACUCUGUUAAUAUAAUAUGUUAUAGAUAUAAAAGGUCUGAAUCAAUGUUGUUAUUAUGCUUUGAACUUAAUUUAAAAAUCACUCUUGAUGACUAUACCAAUCCCCAAAUGCUUUUACUGAAAUGAGCAUAUUCAGAUUCUCAAAACGAUAUCUGGAAUAGCCACCUGUCAUUUAAUAGGAAAUCCACUUUCAUUUAUGCCAGUAGGCUAGACAAGAAAUAAUGGGUUAGAUUAAUACUUGAAGUCUAUGGAAGCAGAAGGAGGUGGAUAUUUUCCCUUUCUUAAUUCCUGCAGUGUUACCUCUUUUUCUGGAGGAUUAUAAUAUCCUACACGGUGUUAGGCAUUGCAGGAGAGCGGGGAACUAGAUAAAUUUGCCAUAUUGCCUCCUUUCUCAAGUGAUUAGACUCCAUUACAUGUCUGUUUACACAGGAAAUAUUAUCUCCCAACAAGUUAGAUGCCAGAAAUCUGUACUUUUAGUGGAGAGAACAUUGAUUAUUACAGUAUAUGAAAAUCAAGCUGAAAUUUGGGAGAACCCUCUAUAAGAACCCAGAAACUGCCAGUGAAAAAAUGUUGAGACUUACUGCUCUUCCAUAAAAAACAAGAUUCCCUGUAGUUAGAAUCCAUAUGUCAGGAAGCAGGAUUUAACCGAGCCAUUUCCCUGACAUACUAACUCUCUUAUUUGCAAAGUUUACUUUUUUUAAUUUUCAUAUGAAGCAUUCAAACAUGUGAUCCUUUACCUGUAAUCUGAACUGGUGCCUCUCAGGCACAGGUUUACCACUUCCUCUUUUGUGGCAAGUUGGUGACGAUUUUAGCUACAUUUUGCGUGUUGUUUGUAAGUGUGACACACUACUUUCUGUAUAAUAUUGUAUAUAGACACCAUUAUUUAUAUAAAUAUAUCAUUUAUGUUGAAAACAUUUUUAAAAUGCCUUGUUGUAAUAUGAGAAGUGCAAUAAUAGGAAAUAGAUUGUACAUUUUCCAAAUGUUGCUUUGCCCUGUUUAUGUAAAUCGGUAUCUCUGUUUUAAAAAAAGUCCUUCCCAUCACCCUGUUUUUAGUAAUUUUUGAAAAUAAACUUGAUGCUUCUACAUA